AUGCAGAAGCGGUCAGUGCUGGUGGUGACUGAUUACGCCUUCUACAGCGGCAGCGGCGGGGCAGGUGUGAGCUCCCCUGGUCCCCCCCCCUCAACUCUCCUCUACGCUGCAGAAAUCUUUCACACACGCUUGAGCGGUUCUCGUGGUAGCGCGUAUCGACCGGCGCGCCCCAGCUCCAUACGCGCCAUCGAUCGCCUAUUGAUGCCUGUGUUUCUUCUAGUGUAA